AAUGACCCUGAAUCCAGAAAAUGAAUGGUGACUGAAGUCGCUUAUGGACACGUCGGUAGACUCCUCCUCCUCACCUCAUUGAAAGAAAAAAAAAUGAGGGAGUGGGAUAUUUCGGUUCCUCUUUCGUCUCUGACACGCAUAUCCAAUCUAUGGCUGACGGCGAAACAGAAAACCAUUCGGUAGCUAUGGAUAACCGUCCACGGGCAUCAUAACGUCAAUUUCUUUUAUGUGUCCCGAAAACAGAUAUUCGGGAUGAUUUGACUCUGACUGGCUUUUCUACAGGCUAAAGGAUGAAGUUGAAGAAGCAGGUGACUGUGUGUGGAGGAGCCAUAUUCUGUGUGGCAGUAUUCUCCUUAUACCUGAUGUUGGACAGAGUCCAACACGACCCUGCAAGGCGACAGAACGGCGGCGGGAACUUCCCAAGGAGCCAGAUCUCUGUUCUGCAGAACCGCAUAGAACAGCUGGAGCAGCUACUGGAGGAGAACCACCAGAUCAUCAGCCACAUCAAGGACUCUGUCCUGGAGCUGACUGACACCGGCGCUGUGUCCCCCAGCGGACAGCUGCCUUUCCGCAGUGCCAACGGCUCCUGGGUCCUGCCCUUCGACGGACGCCCCACUUUCCUCUCUGUCAAGCCCCAGGACUGCCAGUUUGCCCAGGGCCGCCGUGGACAGACCGACCUGCAGAUGCUGGACGUGUACUCCCUGCUGAAGUUUGACAAUGUGGACGGGGGUGUGUGGAAGCAGGGCUUUGAGAUCACCUAUGAGCCUGGGGAGUGGGACAGUGAGCCUCUGCAGGUGUUUGUGGUCCCUCACUCCCACAACGACCCAGGCUGGAUAAAGACAUUUGAUAAGUACUACACAGACCAGACGCAGCACAUCUUCAACAACAUGCUGGUGAAGUUGACUGAGGACCCACGCAGGAAGUUCAUCUGGUCCGAGAUCUCCUAUUUCGCCAAGUGGUGGGAGAGCGCAGACAUGCACAAGCAGGAAGCCAUGCGCAAGCUAAUCCUAGGAGGUCAGCUGGAGAUGGUGACUGGAGGCUGGGUGAUGAGUGAUGAGGCCAACGUUCACUACUUUGCCAUGAUCGACCAGCUCAUAGAAGGCCAUCAGUGGCUGGAGAAGAACGUGGGUGUGACCCCCCGGUCAGGCUGGGCUGUGGACCCCUUUGGCCACAGUGCCACCAUGCCCUACCUGCUGAAGAGGGCCAACUUGACCAGCAUGCUCAUCCAGAGGGUCCACUACUCCAUAAAGAAGCACUUUGCCUCCAGCCGCAGCCUGGAAUUCAUGUGGAGGCAGGCCUGGGACCAAAAGUCAGGCACGGACAUCUUCUGCCACAUGAUGCCCUUCUACAGUUAUGAUGUGCCACACACCUGCGGGCCGGACCCCAAGAUCUGCUGCCAGUUUGACUUUAAGAGGCUGCCAGGAGGCCGGGUCAACUGUCCUUGGAAGGUUCCUCCGCGGGCCGUGGUGGAGGCCAACGUGGCAGAGAGGGCCCACCUGCUCUUGGACCAGUACCGAAAGAAGUCCAAGCUUUUCCGCAGUAAGGUGGUUCUGGUUCCACUGGGAGAUGACUUUCGUUACGACAAGGCCCUGGAGUGGGACCAGCAGUAUCUCAACUACCAGAGACUCUUUGACUACAUGAACUCUCACCCUGAGAUGCACGUGCAGGCCCAGUUUGGGACCCUGACCGAAUACUUCACUGCGGUUUACAAGGCCAACAAUGUGCCCCAGGGUGCCAGACCCCCAGACUACCCGGUGCUGAGCGGGGACUUCUUUGCGUACGCAGACCGCGAGGACCACUACUGGAGUGGCUACUACACCUCCCGGCCCUUUUACAAGAGCAUGGACCGCGUGCUGGAGUCCCAUCUCCGGGGGGCAGAGAUCCUGUUCAGUCUUGCUGUGGCUCAUGCUCGCCACACAGGCAUGGAGGGCCGCUACCCCACUUCAGACUACACCCUGCUGACGGACGCAAGGCGUACCGUCGCCCUCUUCCAGCAUCACGAUGCCAUCACAGGCACCGCCAAGGAGAAUGUGGUCAUUGACUACGGCAACAGGUUACUGCACUCCCUGCAGGGCCUGAAGAGAGUGAUCAUUAACGCAGCCCACUUCCUAGUGAUGAAGAACAAGGAUGUGUAUCGCUUCUACCAGACAGAACCCUUCCUAGAGACGGAUGACAGACGUGCCACUCAAGACUCCCUGCCCCAGCGCACUCUUAUUGAACUGGACCAGUCAGGACCCAGGUACCUGGUGCUAUUCAACCCGGUGGAGCAGGAUAGGCUGUGUGUGGUUACAGUGUUGGUGAACUCUGCCAGGGUCAGGGUGCUCACAGAGGACGGACAGACCCUCCCUGUGCAGCUCAGUGCCCAGUGGAGCUCUGCUAGCCAGAUGAGCGCAGAGGUCUUCCAGGCCUCUUUCAUGGUGCGUCUGCCUGCCCUGGGCCUGGCUGUGUUCCACCUGUAUGACUCUGCCGACACCCCCAUGACGCUGCGCUCCGAGACCCUGCUGAGGCUGUCUGGUCGGGGGCAGACUGCCCACGCCGUGGAUCCCCUCCCCCUCCGCUCCCAGACGGCAGACCCACAACCCUUCUACACCUCCACCCAGUCGCUCACACUGGGCUUCUCAGGAACCACAGGCCUGCUGGAGAGUAUCCGUCGUAAAGAUGACCCUCUGGAGUUGAAGGUUCAGAUCCAGUUUGUGACAUAUGGUACUCGGUCCUCCAAGGAUAAGAGCGGGGCUUACCUCUUCCUGCCUGACGGAAAGGCUAAGCCCUACAGUCAGAAGGAGCCUCCGGUGGUGCGUGUGGUGGAGGGACCUCUUUUCUCUGAGGUAGUGGCUUUCUACCAGCACUUCCAACAGACCAUCCGCAUACACAAUGUGCCAGGUGUGGAUGGUCUGUCUCUGGAUGUCACCACCAUGGUGGACAUCAGAGAACAGUCUAACAAGGAGCUGGCCAUGCGGCUGGUCACGGACAUCCAGAAUGACGACACCUUCUACACAGACCUCAACGGAUUCCAGAUGCAGCCCCGACGCCGCUUCCUGAAGCUCCCCCUGCAGGCCAACUUCUACCCAAUCGCCAGCCAGGCCUACAUUCAGGACAGCCAGCACCGCCUCACCCUGCACUCAGCCCAGGCCCUGGGUGCCACCAGCCUAGAGAGCGGCCAGUUGGAGGUGAUUCUGGACAGGCGGCUGAUGCAAGAUGAUAACCGCGGCCUGGGCCAGGGACUGAAGGACAACAAGAAGACGGCCAACCGCUUCCGCCUCCUACUGGAGAGUAGGUCCACUGGCAACAAGCAUGCUGGCUUCUUUGCCAAACUCUCCUCCAUGUUUCACUCGCUCAUCACAAUCACUCUGAGAGGCGGUGCUCAAGAGGUGGUGGACAGUGGACCAACCAGCUUCCCCUCCCUGCUCAGUCACUUGACCUCGGCCAUCCUCAACCACGAGGUGAUUGCGCUGCCCGUGCUGCCCAAGAAGCGUGGCAUCCCUCCCCUGCACACCUUCGCCCCCUUCACAGGGGCUCUGCCCUGCGACUUCCACGUGAUCAACCUGCGCAGCAUCCAGCACCAGCAGGACACCCACUCCCCGUCUCCAUACACGGCCCUCAUCCUGCAUAGGAAGGGUCUGGACUGUGGUCUGGAGACCCCCAACCCCGGCUUCAACUGUACCACUACCGAGGGACAGCUGGGUUUGUCGUCUCUGUUCCGUAACCUGGACCUCCAGCUACUCCAGCCCGUGUCGCUGUCCCUGAUGUACUCCAGCCCCCCUAUGGCCAACGACUCCUCCGUCAGCCUGGAGCCCAUGGAGAUCUCAGCCUUCAGGCUCAAACUGCGCUAGCCAAGCCCAGAUACACACCUCCACACCAGUCCAGGCCCAGACCAGACCCACCCAGACCGGUUUUGGUCUCACCUGGUCCUGCUCUGUUCAGUUUUAUUCUAUAGGAAAACUGCAUCCCAGUGCACAGAGGGGUGGCCACGCUGGUGCUUCCUGGUCCAACCUGUGUAUACACUACACACUACACACUACACACCACACACUCUGAACUGUAAAUUCAGCCCGUAAGAGCAGGUAGCCUUCAUGACUAGACUCUAUCUGCAGGGGGCAGAAGAUGGCUGUCGCAGACACAGACAGACAAUCUCAGAACCAGAAACCUUUUGUGCUUGUGAUAAUACAAGUGCUGUCUUUAUCACAGAACAGAUACUGGCGCUCUUCUGCCUUUGCAUUGCAGUAGUGAUGUCAAGUAACACAAACAUACUUUGUUUUCAGUUUUUAAGAUCAGUUCAUUUGAUUAUUUUUUUGUAUCCCAUCCUGGACUAACUACUGAAUGUAAAUAUCACAAGGAUAAGGACCUGGGAAUAACGUGGCGACGAGUGCAAUUUCUAAAGCUUUAUUUGGUGUGGACAGUUUAAAAAAUCUAUAUAUAAUCCUGAUGGAGCCUACCUGCGGUGGACUAGAGAACUGUUCAUUCCAUUAGGUGCUCAUCACUGCUCAUUGUUUUCUAUUGACUGCAUUAACCGACUGACUGCAGCUGUGUACUCGCAGUGUGAAUGUGUGCUCUCUCUCUCUCUCUCUCUCAGUAGCUAUGGCUCUGUAAGAUACUGUAUGUCAGGUCACUACAGUCACUCUGUAGUCACUACCAGACUGGUGACUAGAUCACACACACUACGGACAUCCCAAUCCUCACACUGCUUUUCAACAACCCCCCUGCUUGUAGAUGGUCUGUGGACAAAGCUGUCACUUCCUGAUGAGUUGGCUGGCUGGCAGUGGAGGACCUGGAAUGGAAUUUAAAUUAUGUUUUGUAUUUAAAUUCUCCUAAAGCUGUUCUUGUUGUGUACUCUCCUGUAUGCAGUGGAAGAUACAACUAUGAUGACUAUACCUCGCAUUUAACAUAUGACACAUGGUUAUGUAUAGUAUGUUGCUGUGGAAAACUUCUGUGAAGAUGCAGUAUGUCGGAGGAGUAGUGCGUGUGUUGUGAGACCCAGAGUGCAGUAUCGGGGACAAGGUUUCGGUUCAUACUACUGGACUGCUAAUCGUCAUAUUAGUGAGUGUGUUGUGAUGAUGGAGCUUCGGCGUACUUCCUUAUCUCCUUGUUUCAAAGCCAGGUAGGGAGGACUGUGGUUCAACCUUCACGACCUAAUUAUGUGGAGACAUUAACAGGGGUCCUCCAGGGCUGACUUCGACAACCAGUGUACUUUUGCAUAUGUGGUCUUUUUUAUUUAUUUAUCAGCUUUCAUCAUAAAACAUCUCUAUAGCCUUGACCCUGGUUGGGUGAAGGUACUCUGAUCCAUGUGUCUUUGGUGGUGAAGGUAAAUCAUCUGUAAUGGCAGAUGCACUAUGUUGAUAUCAGGCCAUAUCUCACUAUACGUUUCUCCUCUACCUUCUUCCCUGCCUCUUCUAGCAUCAGUGGAGGCUGGUGGGAGGAUCUAUUUGGUAUGGCUGAAAUGGAAUGAAUGGAACGGAGUCAAACAUGUAAUUUCCAUAUGUUUAAUACGUCCCUUUUUUAAAUUCCAUUCCAGCCAUAACUAUGUCCUCCUAUAGCUCCUCCCACCAGCCUCCGCUGCCUAGUGUCCAAUGCUACUUUUCCUCUGGGCUUUUUUAUAUUUCUCCACCUUGCUGUCCUCUGUUACACCUCCCUCACUACAUCCCUGAUGUUUUACACUCCUUCCUAAGAACACACUUCCCUAUGGUCCAACAUUUCACUCCACAAUGCUCAGGCACUAGCCUGGUCCUAUACAGUGUGUGCUGUAGCCAAUUCCUCUAUUGAUAUGACAACUAACGAACAGAGUGGUGGUUGAAGUACCAACACACUGGACCACCAGAUUACCAAUGUACCUGCAUCACUUUUCAGGUUGCAUUUUUCCCUCUGAUUAUAUGUUCUACCAUGACAUGACACUACCACUGUACCUAGUACAGCACUCCCCUAUCGUCCCUUUCUCCUCCUCUAUUUCCUACUGUCUGUGUCUGAGUCACCCUGUAGACUUGUCUUUUGUAUGUGAUUUGUUGUAGCACUUUUUUUUUUUGUUUAAGAUGGAAUUAAUGAAGGAAUAAUUUUAUGUUUUCCUCAGUUUUUGUUUCUUCCUGGAUGUGUGUUUCAAAAAAGAUGCAUAGAAAUCAAUUGCAGAAAAGGUGGAGACACAAUAAAGAUCAAAUAUGAUACUUGG